AUGCCGUGCCGAAGGGAGGAGGAGGAGGAAGCCCGCGAUGAGGCGGAGGGGGAGGAGGACAACAGCUUUCUCCUGCUGCAGCAGUCGGUGACUCUGGGCGGCUCGGCCGACGUGGACCGGCUCAUCGCCCAGAUCGGCGAGACGCUGCAGCUGGACGCGGCGCAGGAUGGCCAGGCCUCGCCAUGUGCUGCCCCGGGCCCCCCGCCCGCGUUUCCGCGGGUCCUGGAGGCGCUGCCGGCGGACAAGGCCCGGGCCCCAGCGAGGCGGCUGUUGCGGCCGGCGGCCUCGGCGGAGGCCGGGGACCCCGCGCCCCCGGGGGCCAUGCGCUGUGUGCUGGGGGAGCGCGGGCGCGUGAGGGGUCGGGCGGCGCCCUACUGCGUGGCGGAGAUCGCCCCGGGCGCCAGCGCGCUUCCCCAGCAGCCCAGCCUUGAGGGAUCCCCGGGGUCGGGCAAACUAAGCAUCCCGCAGCCUUUGUCCGGCCGGUGCCGGCGGAGUUGGCUCCGGAAUGCAGCUGCGUCCCGCCGCAUGCAACAGCGACGCGGGUCUCAGCCCGAGACCCGCACUGGCGAUGACGACCCGCCCCGGCUCCUGCAGCAGCUCGUGCUCUCCGGUAACCUCAUCAAGGAGGCGGUGCGGAGACUUCAUUCGCGACGGCUACAGCUUCACUCAAAGCUUCCCGCACACCGGUUCCUCGGGCCUCUGUCAGCCCCGGUGCCUGAGCAGCCUUUGCCCGGGAGCCCACGCGAGGCCUGCAGCGACCCUGGCACUUGGGAAGGAGGGCACAGCUCAGAACUGGGGACGACCUUCUUGUCCCUGGCAGCUGAUAACCUAGGUGGCCACAGCACCAACCUGUAGCCGGGAGACCAAGAGAUUCACCCAGGGCUUCACGCAGCUGGUGGAGGAAAAGAAGCUAAGGAAGACAGCAAGUAUUUUCAUGGGUAACUGAAGUUGAGAGCCCCAAACUGUUUGAAACCCAGGACUUAGGUUUGUUUAAAGCAUAUUCUAUAGAGCGCACCGCA